GCUCAGUCUGCAGGGCGGCUCGAGCGGCGGCCGGGAGGAGAAGUGCGGCGCUGGGCGGGGAGCGGGUCGGCGGGGAUGGGCUCGCGCGGGGCGCCUUAAGCCGGCCGGGGCUUCUCCUCGCCAUGUAGGGCAGGGGACGGCCGCUUGCCUCUCGCCUCGCCUCGCCUCGCCUGGGGGAGCCCUUCUCGAGCGGCCCGGCGGGGACCAUGCGGGGGGCCCCGGGGUCCGGGCUGCUCCUGCCGCCUUCGCCGCUGCUGCUCUUGCUGGGGCUGCUGGCGCUGGACAGGCGCUGCACGGCGCAGUACUCGGGCGACCUGUGCAACUGGCGGGGAAGUGGAUUAACACACGAAUCUCACAAAAAAGACGUUGAACAGGUCUACCUCCGCUGUUCUGAAGGAACCAUAGAAUGGAUGUAUCCCACAGGAGCGCUGAUAAUCCACUUGCGACCUAAUAUUUUCCCUUCUUCUUCUUCCAAACAUUGGACUGUUUGCAUAAAACCCCUUAAAGACUCUGCAGGAGCAAAUAUUUAUUUGGAAAAAACUGGAGAAUUGAAAUUACUGUUCGGAGAUGGAAACCAUAUUCCCACGAGACUGCAUUGCUUCAGCUACAAGCAGAGUAGACUCUUUGUUGAGGCCACCCCUCAGCAGGACAUUAGUCGGAAGAUUACAGGCUUCCAGUAUGAACUGAUAAACAAGGGAACAGCAUCAGAUUUGCACAUGAUUUAUGCUCCCUGCCGACCUUGCAGUGACACAGAAGUGCUCUUGGCUGUCUGCACUAGUGACUUUGUUGCCAGAGGUACCAUUCAAAAUGUAAUUAAUGAGGAGGAAGAGCAAGAUUCUGUCAUUGAUGUGAGUGUGAACAGAAUCUACAGGCAGAAAAUGAAGAUCUUCAAACCUGCAAAGGAAACUGGUAUCUGGGAAGGACAGAUCAAGACCCUGCUGCAGUGUGGGGUAAAACCAGGAGAAGGAGACUUCCUCUUUACAGGCUGCAUGCACUUUGGGGAGGCCAGGUUAGGCUGUGCCCCUCGUUUCAAAGACUUCCAAAGGAUGUACAAAGAGGCCAAGGACAAAGGGCUAAAUCCAUGUGAAAUUGGCCCAGACAUUCUUCAUUUGUAGGUUACUUUUGGGGCUCAGUCAGAACUAAUUCUUAGUUGCAGAUGCACUGAUCUAAAUGGAAACUAAUAACAGAAUGGCAUGGUAACAGAAUGAAAUGAUCUCCCUCGUGGAAAUUCUUAAAAGAAGACUGGAUGAGCAUCUUUAUCAGGGAAGGUUUCAUUUGAAGAGUUUCUGCUUCUGGAGACUAGAACUGUGUGAGAUACUUUCCAACUCGAUUAUGAAUGCAAGAACCUCACAAGCCAAUCCUUGCUGCCAGUGAUACUGUUAUGCUAAUACAAGUGACUGAGGUACGAUUUUAAAGGAUCCAAGACUUGAAUUCAAUCCCCCAUCUUGUCUGAACUAAAUUAUUUUUGCAGCUUCCUUAGAGAGAAAAACAGUCAAAGAAAUGAAACCACCUCCAUGUCUUAAAAAUACCAAUUGACCGAUGAACCUUUGUAUCUUUGUAAUACUAAAGUUUUAAAAUUUGUUAAGCAGAUGUAGCAUUUUUGCAUGGUAUAAAAUCAUGGUAGAAGCCAGAGAAACCAUCUUAGCAUUGAUGCUUUGUAAAAAGCUUGGUAUACAUUUUGAAAUUGUUUUUUAUGACAGAAAUCUAUGAAACCAAACUCUUUAUUUUCUUUUCUU